AUGUUAUUUUUUCGCAUCUUUUCUUUUGAUCUCUGCCUGUUUAGGCCCACAGCAUUUGAUUCGAACGGAUUCGUCCACACUCGUUUCUUUCUUUCUUUGAAAGUGGUUCCUGAUCUCUCCCCACCGUUACCAUUCUUUAGUUUUACCUCUUUUAUUUUUCCUUCCCUCUUGCAGGUUUUAACUUUCUUCUUUUAUCAAUUCCUUCUUUCUUUUAUUCCUGCUUUCUUUCCUUCUUUAGUCUCUUUCUUCUACCAUUCUCCCUUCCUUCCUUCCUUCCUUCCUUCCUUCCUUCCUUCCAUACUUUCUUCAUUCUUUCCAUCAUGCUUUCCUUCCUUCCACCAUUCUCCCUUCCUUCCUUCCUUCCACCAUUCUCCCUUCCACCCUUCUUUCCUUCUUUCCUUCAACCAUUCCUUCCUUCCCUCCUUCGUUCCAUACUUACUUCCUUCUUUCCAUCAUGCUUUCCUUCCUUCCACCAUUCUCCCUUCCACCCUUCCUUCCUUCUUUCCUUCAACCAUUCCUUCCUUCCCUCCUUCGUUCCAUACUUACUUCCUUCUUUCCAUCAUGCUUUCCUUCCUUACACCAUUCUCCCUUCCUUCCUUCCACCAUUCCACCCUUCCUUCCUUCCAUACUUUCUUCAUUCUUUCCAUCAUGCUCUCCUUCCUUCCACCAUUCCACCCUUCCUUCCGCCAUUCCUUCCUUCCAUCCUUCCUUCCAUACUUCUUUCCUUCUUUCCAUCAUGCUUUCUUUCCCUCCACCAUUCUCCCUUCCUUCCUUCCUUCCUUCCUUCCUUCCUUCCUUCCUUCCAUCAUGCUUUCCUUCCCUCCACCAUUCUCCCUUCCUUCCUUCCUUCCUUCCUUCCUUCCUUCCUUCCUUCCUUCCUUCCUAUUAUUUCUUUCUCCUUUCUUGCCUCCUUCAUUUCUUGUUUUAUCCUUCCUUCGUUAUCCCUUCCUUUUUCUUCCAACUUUCUUUUUUUCUUUUUUCUUUCUUCUUUUUAUUCCUUUUUUCUUCGUUUUUUUCUUUCAUUCUUUUGGCUUCAUUCCUUCUUUCAUACUUUCCAACCUUCUUUUCUUUCUUUUUCUCAUUUCUUCGGUUUUUCAAUUUUUUUUCAUUUAUUCAUUCCUUCAUUUAUUCAUUAUUUUCAUACAUUUCGUCCAUACCAUUGUUUCUUCAUUUUCCCUUUUUUUUUUCAAUCUUUCUUUCUUUCUUUUUCUUUCACAUUUAAUUUGUUUAUCUGUUAAUUUUUUUCUUUCUUUCUAUCAUUGCCUCGCUUUCCCAUCUUUUUUCUUUUUUGAAUGUAUCCCUUUCCCAUUUUCUUUCUUUCUUUCUUUCUUUCUUUCUUUCUUUCUUUCUUUCUUUCUUUCUUUCCUUUCUGCCUUCAUGCGUUCUUUCUUCCUCUCUUUGCCUCUUUCUUUUUUUUUCUUUGAUUCCAUCGUUUUUAUUCGUUCAUGGACCAUGAAAUUCCACAGUAUCUAUCUCAGCCUGUUCCUAUCUAUCUAUCUAUCUAUCUAUCUAUCUAUCUAUCUAUCUAUCUAUCUAUCUAUCUACUUCAGUCAGUUCAUAUCUAUCAAUCUAUCUAUCUAUCUAUCUAUUUGA